AUGUCGAUCAAUGCACAAGUUCAUUUGACUAGCAAUGAAAAUAAUAAAAAGAACGAUAAAUCAAUGAAACCAUUAUUUCCAAAACGAGAAGAAUGUUCACAUGUGUCUUGUUAUUGCGAAGAAAAUGUGUGGAAGUUGUGCCAGGAUGCCUCCCUCAGAGUGCCAGAGGAAUUAGAUAGGUGCUAUGUGGUAUUCAUAUCCAAUCCUUGUCGCACCGUUCCUUUGUGGAAACAAAGGGCUGGGCGUGAAGAGGACCGCCUUGUCAUAUGGGAUUACCAUGUGAUAUUCCUAUAUUCUUGGGAUUUCAAAACAUGUCUUGUAUAUGAUUUGGAUUCAGAAUUACCAUUUCCGACAUUUUUCCAUAAAUAUGUAACAGAGACAUUUCGCACAGAUCAAGUUUUAAAGUCAGACUUCCAUAGAUUCUUUCGAGUAGUUCCAGCAAAACAAUUCUUGCAAAGUUUUGCAUCAGAUCGUCGUCACAUGAAGAGGACAGAUGGGUCAUGGAUUAAACCACCUCCACCAUAUCCUGCAAUCUGCACAGCCUAUUCAACACACAAUUUAGAUGAAUUCAUUAACAUGGAUGUAGGCACAGGGCUGGGACAGCUCCAGCAAACGUUUCCAAGAGGCAUUGAGAAAGAACAAUUAGCAGAAACUGCAAUCCGCUAUUUGAUUUUCUAA